UUUCUAGCAACAGGUUUUUUAGAAGGUUUUAAGAUCCCAGUUUUACAUUCCCCUCCCCCUAGCAAAAUUUUUAAGAAUUUGAAAUCAGCUAGUCGUCAUCCAGGAAUAUUAAAGCAAAAAAUUGACAAGGAGUUAAAAGCAGGGAGAAUGGCAGGUCCAUUUGAGGUUUCACCUAUAGAGUGGCUAGUGGUGUCACCUCUAGGAGUAGUCCCAAAAAAGGAGCCAGGAAAAUUUCGAAUGAUACAGCACCUUUCACAUCCGGAAGGAGCAUCAGUUAAUGAUGCUUUAGAUGAGGCACAGUGCAAAGUACAGUAUCAGUCGUUUGAUGAGGCUUUAGAAAUAGUCAAGAGUCAAGGAAAGGGGGCUUUGUUGGCAAAGGUGGACAUUGAAUCUGCAUUCAGGCUUUUAUCCUUACAUCCAGAAAGUUUUAGGUUGACAGGUUGUCAUUUCCAGGGAGCAUUUUAUGUGGACCUAUGUCUACCCAUGGGUUGUACAAUAUCUUGUUCAUUCUUUGAAACUUUCAGUACCUAUUUGCAUUGGCAAUUGUAUAAAAGAACAGGCAACAAAGCUAUAGCUCACUAUUUAGAUGAUUUUCUGAUCAUGGGGCCCAGAAACUCGGAGACUUGUCAAGACACAUUAUUAAUAUUUUUGCACAUGUUGAAGGAAUUGGGUGUGCCAGUAUCAGAGGAAAAAACGGUGCAUCCAACCACAAAGUUGACUUUCCUGGGUAUCGAGAUAGAUACAAGGGCCAAAGAAUGUAGGCUCCCAAAGGAAAAGGUAGUUAAAACCAGGCAAGCAGUUAGGAAAUUAGCAUCAGCGGCUAAAGUGUCACUAAAAGAAAUGCAGCAAACUCUAGGCUUAUUGAACUUUGCAUGCAGGAUAAUACCGAUGGGCGGCAUCUUUAACAGGAGGUUGGAGAAAUCCACAUCAGGGAUUAAGAAACCAUUCCAUAAGAUAAGGGUCACAAAGGAUUUGAAAGCGGAUUUGAGAGUGUGGAACAGUUUUUUAUCAAAUUUUAAUGGUGUGAGGUUAUGGGUAACAGAAGCACAGCUUAAUCAGCAAGUAAAGUUGCUCACAUAUGCGUCUGGCAGCGUGGGUUUUGGGGCUUACUUGGCAGGAAAAUGGUGUGCAGGCAGGUGGCCACAAGCUUGGCACGACAAAGGUUUAACAAAAAAUUUGACAUUGCUGGAGUUAUUCCCAAUUUUGAUAGCACUAGAGCUAUGGGCCGAAGAGUUGAAGGAUAGGGCAAUUAAGUUCCUUUCUGAUAAUUUGGGAGUGGUUCAUGCUGUGAAUAACCUGUCAUCAGACUCAACCCCAGUAAUUGGGCUUCUAAGACAUCUUGUAUUAGUUUGUAUGAAGUUCAACAUAUCAUUCAGAGCCCAGCAUUUGCCCGGGAUAGAAAACACCAUAGCGGACGCUUUGUCCAGGGAAAAGUGGGGGAUUUUCUUUAAGCUUGCUCCAAAUGCAGAAAAAUCAACUCAUGUGUGCCCUGAUAAUUUGUGGCAGCGGGUGACCCCCUUUUAGAAGAAUUGUGAGAAAGGGCUAUAUCUGAAAAGACUCUUUCCAGCUACAAAAGGGCAUGGAAGAGAUGGCAGCUAUUCUGCAAAAGCGGUAAGAAUGAUCAAGGCAUUAAAGAUCUGCUAUCAUUUUUAAUGGUUCUGUAUAGAGAAGGAAAGUCAAAAGCAGGAGCCAUCAUCACAUUAGCCGCAAUUUCUCAUUUUUCCAUAACAAAGGGUAGACAGGAUAUAACACAUGGCCCAUUUAUUAGGAAAAUAAUGAAGGGAUGGGCAAGAGUUGAGGGUCCCAGGGUGGAUAAGAGAGAGCCCAUAGUGGAAUACAGGUUAAAAAGGAUAAUGAAGUCACUUGGGAAGGUGUGUUCAGACCAAUUUGAAUACAUUUUGUUUAAAGCAGCUUUUGCAUUGGCAUUUUGGGGAGCCUUUAGGAUAAGUGAAUUGGUUCCUCCAUCCAAGAAGGCAACAAAUAAAGGCUUAAUGCAUCAUCAGGUUCGGAUGCAGGAAGUAAAGUUGCUAGUUUACAUUCGCAGAUCAAAAAAAGAUCAGUUGGGUAAGGGCACAUGGGUCGGCAUAGGAAAAACGUCAGGGAUAACAUGCCCUGUCAAGGCCUUGCAGGAUUACAUGAGGGUGCGCCCAGCAGAGGGGCAACUGUUGUUAAUUCACAAGGAUUCAACUCCCAUGUCAGCAUUCCAGUUUAGACAGGUGCUAAAAAAGGCAGUAAUUGCGAAUGGAUGGGAUCCUAAGAAAUUUGGAUCACAUUCCUUUAGGAUCGGGGCAGCAACGGAGGCAGCAAUGAGGGGAGAAAUGGUGGAUAGGAUAAAAAGGAUAGGGAGAUGGCAAUCCAAGGCAUACAAAAAAUACAUACGCCCCAUAAAUGUAGCGGAGUAGUGAACUUAAUCCGUCUUCUCAUUUAAUUUUGCAGCAAAAGUUAAGACUACUUGCAACAUUUUUAUCAUAGGCCACUCAUUCAUUUUUUGGGCAAGAGAACAUACAGCAGGCAAGCAGUUGGGGUUACCAGAGGAACACAUGAAGAUUGCAUGGCAGGGUUGGAGAGGUAUGAAGUGGGAACAAAUGCGAGCCCAGGUCAAUAGGAAGAAGUAUACGAAAGACGGUGCUCCAGGGUUCUCGCAACCGAUCGCCUUGAAGGGGUCAGGAAGGAAUUUUUUCAUCAGGCUGCUAAUUGGCUGAAAGCACCUGAGUUUUUUGCCUUCCUCUGGGGUACCAUUAUCUGUGUUGGUCAAAUAGGUACUCCCAUGACACAACUGCGGCUCCUCGGUUUUGGCGUCAGUGCGGCUCCAGGAAGAUGGAUGGUUUUCAGUGAAGUGCAGGCCUAUCCUUGGGAAGUCACGAGUGUGGAGCAGACUUUGACUGCACGGUCUUGUCUGAGUCAUGCGAGAGGCUGGGUUAGCGCCAGUAUUGCACAUGAUGGGGGAGCAGGAGGAUGGGCUACUCGUUGGUCAACAGAGGGCGCUCUGCCCCAUGAUCCCUGCUCCCUUAAAACGUUUGGUUACGGUAUGGGCAGCAGUCCCAUGUUCUUCACGAGUAUAGAAGCCGCAGCUGGUGGUCAGGGUGUACCUAGUCCUUUAAAUAUAAAAUUGUUAAAUAAAAAAUGUGACCUCCACAGAUUUUGCCACCAUAA